GAAGUGGAUGCAUCCUCUACUCUGCUGUGUACUUGUACUUCGCUUCUCCAAUAUUACGAAUACUACUCCGUACGGUUACUACGAAUACUUCAAUAAUCUAUUCAUCUACAUACCAUCAUUACUUUAUUGCAUUAUAGCGAUUCUCUUCACAUGAAUACCACCACUUAAUAUCGGCUUCUCGAAUCCUUUGAUGUGAUGACUUUCGGUUCUAAUCCGGCGGAUAUAAUUAUUGUACUGGAGUUCACGCGCCGGCUGUACCGACAGUGCAAGAACGCCGACGAUGCCUAUUUCGAGAUCGGGCGCGAGAUUCGCGCACUCCAUACGGUGCUGCGAUAUCUCAAGUUCGAAGUGCAAGCGCCGGAGUCGAUACUGAACCGCGACCGGGCGUUGUAUGCGCGAGACCUUGCGCCGCUGAUCGCCGACUGUCGCUUUACGCUGGAGGACCUGGAAGAACUUCUGCGGAAGUAUGGCGACAUUAGGAACAACGAUAGGAGUGGGGACACGAGUGGAGAGCUGUGGAAUCAGAUCAAGUUUGGCAGUAUAGAGAUGGACCAGCUGGGCACUGUGAGGGUGAAGCUUAUAAAUCACAAAACGAAUAUUACGGCGCUGCUCGACACGAUACAACUUCGCGAAUCGAGUAGGGUGGCGACGACACUGGAUAAUCAUGGAGGACAACUGGAUAUCAUAUUGGAUAAAGUGGACAAUAUUGCGUCGCGGAUGGGUCAGCGGGCGGCUUCUUUAAUGACUACAUAUGAGGAUGACGAUAAAGAAGUGUGGAAAAGCUUUCGGCGAGAACUUGUCGCGGAGGGGUUCUCUAGCGACGUUUUAACUCGACAUAAAGAUGUAUUACGAGCCUAUAUUCGGCAAAUCGAUCAGAACGGACUGCUCGAAGAUGUCCUGGUCGCUGCGAAGGCAAGACAGCCAGUUUUAUCAGUAAAUACCCAGGAAUGGCUCGAACAAGUUCAAUCACCAGAAUCUGCUUCCGUCCCACCGUCGUUCAACACUACCAGUUCUGACUCCUCGAUAAAGGAGCUUAGAGUCGGGGAGGAUAACAGCAAAUUCCUACAGACAAUGAAGAAUGAGCGACCAAAGCCAGAAUCUAUAACAACAGCUUGGAAGGAAGGUAUAGGUGAUACAAAGGCCCCGCCAGUUCAACCCCUACCACCCCAGAUCCCAAUACUUUAUGCUCCGCCCGUCCAACCUCCACCAGUUCCAUCUCUCCAGCGUUCAGGCUCUUCAUGCGGUAGAAACGGUUAUAGCUAUGUCAUCGCCGCGAGUCCUCCAACAUCCGUACAACUCAGAUCACCAAUACCAGAGCCAGAGAUCUGCACCACGGAGUCCAUCCUCGCCGACGACUCCGCGAACGAAAGCAGGAUGCGAAUGCUCGAAGCACCGCGAGCAGAUGGAAGGCCUCGACGACAGUCCGACCAAAAUGACAGAGACCAAGGCCACUCUCCAAGCGGCUCCACCUCCACCUCCAAAAGGAUAUCAUCCUUCACCGAUGGAAACGCCAUGGCCUACCGGCCUCGACCUCAACAGUUACCUGUCCUAGCACCAGAGGAGUCGCUGUACAGUGCCUCACCACGUGGCUCGGGUGCCUUACCCAUACCGGUGAGAGUCACACCCUACCCUGCCACAGACCGUACGGACACAGCCCGCGAAACAUCACCACCUCCGUACCCGCCGGCCUGGCACCAGACUCGCAGGGUCGCGAGAUCCCUCGGGACGCAAAGUGGACCAAGAUACGGCGUCGUCUAGUUAGCACCGAGAUCCUCGAAGAAGACCGACUCAGAUAUGAAGCUCGUCCCGAAUACGUCGCAAUCCUCGGCGUCUUCACCCUCCCCCAAAUCCAAAACCUCGCCAUCCGCACCGCCGCCC